AUCCUCACAAAUCUGACACGGGAUGGACGUCAGAACAGAGUAACAGCCGCAGGACUUGAGAAAGAGGAGCAACAAAUAAAAAAAAAGAGAUCAAGAAAUUUUCUGGAGGAUUCGCGAGAGAAGAAUCUCGAGGAGGACGAGACGAAGAAGGAAAUCAACGGCGUUUCCGAUAGCAUGGAAUUUCACGCUGAGAUGUUCGUGUGUUGGUGGAUCUCUUGAUCUGUGAUCUCAAUAUGGCGGUGUUUGGAGAUACACAGCUGUCGAGGUCGUCCGGAGUCCAUAUACAAGGUGGACAGCUGAGACCUUUUCAUACACUUAUCUGCUGUAGGGCCAUGCUAACAGUCAUGUGGGCAUCUAUAAGAAUGAUGAGAAAUUGACAAGAAGCUAUUUGAAGACCUACAGAGCAUGAGGAUUUGAUGACAACUCUUUGCUUUGCUGUAACCAUGUUAACCUUCUUAAGGAGCAGAAUGAUGAAGAACAAAAGAAGUUAAUGCCUCUUAAGGAGAGGGUGAUACUGGAAAUUUUGCAUUCAUCCUACAAAUCAAUUGUGCUUAUGGAUGAUGUUGGACAAAGAGAAAAUGGGAGACACAAGACUGAUCAAUAUAGAACUGCUCAUGCACAGUGGAUGUUGCCUCAACAUCAGCUUAAGGAGAAUCAAACCAUAAAGCUCCUUAUGGCUGAACGGGAAAAAGCUCUCCAAGAACGAGACAUGGCCAUCACUGAGAAGAAAGCUGCUCUGGUUGAGCGAGACAUGGCAUACCUCCAGCGUGAUGCUGCAGUUGCGGAGAGGAAUAGUGCCAUCAUAGAACGUGACAAUGCGAUUGGAGCACUUGAAUAUGCCCGUGAGAAUGGCAUGAGUGGUAACUGUGCAACUGGGUGUCACCUUGGUUCCCAUGGGACAAAGCAUAUUUACAACCACCAGCAGCAACACCUUCAGCAUAUCCACUCUCCCCAACAGCAGUUACAUGAUGCUCCUAGCAAACAAACACGAGAGACACCAACGAAUGAGGCAUCUCCCGACUCAGGUGGUUCAGUAACUGGAACGAAGUUCAAUAAGGCUAAAAGGUCAAGGAAGGAGAGUAAAGUACUAGCCUCUUCAUCCAAAAAGAUGAUGAAGGCACCUCGGAGGAGUAAAAAGGGUGGGAGUGAUGAUUUGAACAAGCAGGUAACUAUUGCUAGGACAACUGGUGAGUGGAGAGGUGAAAUUGGAGUUGGAGAAGAUCUAAACAAGCAGGUUUCUUUGACAAAGCAUCAUGAAUGGAAGAGUCAGGACUUAGGUCUGAACCAGGUCUCUUUUGAUGACACGACAAUGCCAGUGCCAGUCUGCUCGUGCACCGGAAAAUAUCAACAGUGCUACAAGUGGGGGAAUGGAGGGUGGCAGUCUGCCUGCUGUACCACGACUCUUUCCAUGUAUCCACUGCCAGUCAUACCCAGCAAGCGCCAUGCACGAGUUGCAGGGCGCAAGAUGAGUGGUAGUGCAUUCAGAAAGCUCCUAAGCAGACUAGCAGCGGAAGGCUAUGAUUUGUCUCUACCGGUGGACCUCAAAGACCACUGGGCUAAGCACGGCACCAAUCGCUACAUCACCAUCAAGUGAUUCUGUUAAGAGUUCUAUGAGUCAGGGAAUGUGGUUUGUCGUCUUGAAUCUCUCUGGGCAGGUAUGUAGCAGGUAAGUCACCACUGUAUGUAAGCAUAUGUCUUUUGGCCAGUGUUGUUUUAUGCAGUAGUAGUUAAAACACUACCUAUUACUGGUUGUCAUGGCUUUUGUUAACUGUAACAUAUGCAUCAAUUUCAAGAACCUUGGCCCCAAAAAAACAGUUCUUUCUCUUGAA